AGAGUGAGCCUAAUCUACCCAACAAACGGACACAACUGAAACUGAUCGGGAGACAGGCGGUCACAUUUCUUUACUCACCUGCGAUCCUAAUUGAUGUGUGUUACAGUGUCACCGAGUCGGUGUCAGGCUUCUCACAAUCAUUAACGGACCUUCCAACACUUUUUUCUUGGAAUUCAUGAGACUCUGAAUCUGUACUCUGGCUCGUCAAACACCACACCGUUCUGCUCGGACUGCACAAGUCAAGCGGUAUCUUUAUGGAGAACAAGCACUCAGCACAUCUUCAUGCGGACCUGAAUACACCCAAGACAACACUUUGCAUGCAGCUCUCCUCAAGGAACCUUGCUUUAACUGGACAUUUAUUUUCCACUAUCAUUAAGAUUCGUGCGUUCUAUGGAGCAGGUGUUAUCGGAACAGGUGUGCCUUCCUCUCCUCACCUGGGUUAACACGACUUUGGCUGCACUCUAUCACCAUUGAUCAACUUUUAUCUUCACCUGAAGUCCUCAACAGAAGAGAUGGAUCACAGCCCUGGUAGUGCGGGUGGAGGAGUGAUCCUGUAUGCAGGCUCCUCAGACAGCUCGAGCCCCAGCCCUGGCAGCCCGUCCAGCGGGUACCAGACCCAGUCGCCCUCCUGCCAGUCCCAGCCCUCGUCUCCCGAGGUCGCCUUCACAGAGAUCGGGGCGUUGAAGCAAAGAUCGUCGGGAUGCACCCCCUCCUUAUCGUCGCCCAAGCUGGUGUUCCAGUUCCCCGAGGUGUACGGGGGGCCCGCCACCCCUCAGCACGCCUUCAUACAACCCGUCACCGGCAAGAGGCCCAGCAGCUUCUCCGGAACGUUUACCAAGACUGGAGGGAUGGUCUUGCUGUGCAAAGUGUGUGGGGAUAUCGCUUCUGGUUUCCAUUAUGGCGUGCACGCCUGUGAAGGCUGCAAGGGCUUCUUCCGUCGCAGCAUCCAGCAGAACAUCAACUACAAGAUGUGCGUGAAGAACGAAAACUGUCUCAUCAUGCGCAUGAACCGCAACCGCUGCCAGCACUGCCGCUUUAAGAAGUGCCUCUCCGUCGGCAUGUCUCGAGACGCUGUCCGUUUCGGCCGUAUCCCCAAGAGAGAGAAGCAGCGUCUCCUAGAUGAGAUGCAGAGCUACAUGAACAGCCUGAAUGAGUCCGCCACCAUGGACAUGGACCCUCCCCCAGCGGGGGACAAGACCCCCAGCCCCAGAGACUGCAGCUCUAAAGAGGCCAUCGGGGCAAUCUCCAGAGCGUACCGGGACAUCUUCACCACCACGGGCCAGGGGAGACCCGCCAAGAGGGCCAACAUGUCCACCAACAGCAACCUAUCCCCGGUUCCUCAGGAAGCUAAAUACCCCCGGGUCUCCUCCUCCCAUCCGAGCUGCACACUGGGUUACCAGUCUUUCCCCAUCGCUUGCCCCCCCACUAACGACAACAGCCAAUCAACAUUCUCCAUUGUGGACCACGAUCGAUAUAACUCAACAGUGUCACCCAACCUGCAUCAAUGUGAGUCCACCACCCAAAGCGACAACCCUGUCAAUCACAACCACCUCCCAGCAGCAGCCCCUACUCAACACUCCUGCCCGUGGAAGUUGGCGCAAGGAUCUAAAGUUCUUGCCUGUCCGCUGAAUGCGUACCCUGUAUCAGGGCCCGAGUGCACCAGCCAGCAGGUCUGGGAGACUUUCUCCCACGGUUUCACUCCUGCUGUCAAAGAAGUUGUAGAGUUUGCCAAGGGUAUCCCAGGGUUUCAAGAGCUCAGCCAACAAGACCAAGUCAUGCUGCUAAAAUCAGGCACCUUCCAGGUCCUCAUGGUGAGGUUCUGUACAUUGUUCAAUGCUGAGGAGCGCACCCUGACCUUCCUGAACGGCCAGACGUACCCGCUGGCCACCCUCCGCGCCCUGGGGAUGGGCUCACUGCUGGACGCCAUGUUUGAGUUCAGUGAGAAGCUGGGCUCUUUGGGGCUGGAGCCCGACGAGAUGGCUCUGUUCAUGGCCGUGGUCCUGGUGUCUGCAGACCGCUCGGGCAUCUCGGACCCGGGCGCGGUGGAGCAGCUCCAGGAGGGUCUGAUCCGUGCCCUGCGCUCCCUCAUCGCCCGCCGUCACCCAGGGGACGGCGGCCUCUUCCCCAAGCUGCUGCUGCGCCUGCCCGACCUGCGCACCCUCAACAACCUGCACUCAGACAAACUGCUGGCCUUCCACAUUGACCCCUGAGCGGCCCGCUUCCGCACAAUGCACCGUCACACACACACACACACACACACACACAUGGAUACAGGAGUCGCUCACUUACACACGUGGUAUAUAUACGCAUGACCGAUCGUCCUAGACUCUUCGUCCGUACCUCUGGAGCUCCUUGGAAGAAGAAGAGAUCGACGAAGAGGAGGAAAGCGAUGAAUCUAUGGAGGUUCCUCAGAAUAACGCACUGACGCACACUGCAAGGUCCCCUGGAGGAUAUUGUACCAUGCCGUGAAUCAAUGCAAUGGGAAAAUUCAUUUUAGACAGAUUUAUACCCCAAUUUCCAGUUAAAAACAGACACUUCACUUAAGUAAUUAAGUGACUCCUUAUUCCUAUGCAUCACCAGACCAUCGUUAAGCUGCCUGUUUAGGUCAUGAUUUAGAGGGACCAUUAAAAUACAUAUUUUCAUUUUUUGUGAUUAACGAUGGAAACCUGUAAAUAAUUAAUAGAUUUAGUUGAUAUAUUAAGGGCAUUGCCAUUAUUUCACUAAACAUAACAUACGUACUAGUAUUGGACAGAAUCACAUCACUUCACACCAAUAUACGAUAUGAUUCCUUUUAUAUUUGACAAAAGAACUUCCAUUUCAAAACUUACUUUAUGCUAUGCACUGUUAAGAACUUCACAUUUCAAUCAUGUUAACUCUUAUUUCACCAAGAGUUGUAUCAAUAUUAUUGUAUUGCAACUGAAAUCACAAGCUAUAUAAGAUGCUCAAUGCAUGAUGGAUUUUUAUGUAUUUCACGAGAUUUGUUCCUGUAAAUAUGUAACUCUAACGUCUUUAUAUACAUUGAAAAUAACUUGACAUGGCACUGCUGUACAUAAAGGAUUGUGUAUUGGAAAAUGUUGAGUAUGGGGCCUCAGUAAGCUCAGAGCGUCUUCAUGCUGUUAGCUUAUCAGCUAGCAUAAUACACAAGAUCACCAGCAUUCACUCUACAUGAAACCUUCCCUCUGCCCCCAAUGUUUGUCAUACAAACACAAAUAUAUUUUUGAGAGGUUAAGGGAGGAUGCAUAGUCUCUCACUGCUUGCACGUCAUGACUACAAUUGUUUGGACACAUGUUGUGCAUUUGUAAAUCUUCCUGCAUAGAAUUGAUAUAAAGAUGUUACUAUGUAUAUUUUGUCUUCCUUUUGUCUAUUCAAUCAAA